AUGCCGGAGAAAACUCAGAUCGCAGGAAGACCCCCAUCUCCUCCUCCCAAUACAGUGCUUUGCAAUACCGAUGCAGCCUGGAAGAAGGAAACCCUAGAUGCGGGUCUUGCUUGGAUCUUCGACACCUCUUCCUCACCCACAACGAUGAUCGCUCCUAAGGGUUGCAGAUUCCAAAGCCGUGUCUCCUCGGCUCUCAUGGCGGAAGGUCUCGCGAUUCGGGAAGCGCUCUCACAUGCACGACAACUCGGCAUCACCAAAAUCUGGCUACGCUCAGACUCUCUUUCGCUUGUCAAAGCGAUCAACUCGAUUUCCAAGCCGAUGAAGCUCUAUGGAGUUCUAUCGGACAUCGAUGAAAUUGAAGAGGAUGAGUUGCAGGAUCUGCUUGAUUUCAGAUGUUCUGAAGAAGACUGUCGGAUGUUAGAAAAAGAAGUUUCAGAAGAAGAAAUCAGGAAAGUUUUGUUUGCCAUGCCUAACAACAAAUCCCCGGGCCCUGACGGGUAUCCUGCAGAGUUCUUCAAGUCUACAUGGUCUGUGUUGGCUAAGGAUUUCACCAUUGCAGUGCAGUCAGUGUUCAAUUUCGGUUUCCUUCCUAAGGGGGUUAAUUCUACUAUUUUGGCAUUGAUACCAAAGAAGCUGGACUCUCUGGAAAUGAAAGAUUACAGGCCAAUCGCGUGUUGUAAUGUGCUAUACAAAGUCGUCUCAAAAAUUGUGGCGAAUAGGCUAAAGAAACUUCUUCCUCGGAUCAUCACAGAGAGCCAAUCAGCUUUUGUCAAAGGUCGUUUACUCAUGGAGAACGUCUUAUUAGCUUCGGAACUUGUCAAAGACUACCACAAGGACACUGUCUCAUCAAGGUGCGUAAUGAAAAUAGAUAUAUCUAAAGCCUUUGACUCGGUGCAAUGGAUGUUUGUGUUGAAGUGUUUAAGCACUCUGGGGUUUCCAAAAGACACUAUCCAUUGGAUUGAACUCUUCAUUAUGAGCCCUUCGUUUUCGGUUCAAGUCAAUGGAGAUCUUGCGGGUUAUUUCCAAAGUUCGAGAGGGCUUAGACAAGGAUGUUCACUUUCGCCGUAUCUAUUUGUUUUAUGUAUGGAUGUUUUAUCGAGGAAAAUAGAUAGAGCGGUGGCUGAGGGGAAAUUCAAGUUUCAUCCAGGGUGUCAAAAGCUGAUGAUCACUCAUCUGUGCUUUGAUGAUGAUCUAAUGGUUUUUGUGGAAGGAUCGAAGCAGUCUGUUCAAGGAGCUCUCUCAGUUUUUGAUGAGUUUGAGAAGUGGUCUGGGUUGAGUAUCAGUGUAGAGAAGUCCACGAUAUACAUGGCAGGAAUCCCGGAGGUAGAGAAGAGGAGUAUAUUGAAAAAUUUUAAGUUUGCAGUGGGAGAGCUUCCUGUUAGAUACUUGGGGCUUCCUCUUUUGACACAAGUAAUGAAGAAACAGGAUUAUGCUCCGCUGUUAGAGAAGCUCAGAGUGGCGUGGAUAGACAUUUGUUGCACUAAGAAUGAAGGCGGUCUAGGGAUCAGAAACUUAAGAGAAGUCAACAGAGUGUAUGGUCUCAAACUGAUCUGGAGAAUGUUAGUAGGAGAGUCCUUAUGGUGCAAAUGGAUUAGAGCUAAUUUGCUUAAAUGGAGAAGCUUUUGGGAAGUCAAUGUGCAUAUGCAGAGUGGUUCUUGGAUGUGGCAUAAGAUGUUAAAGCUGAGGAGUGUAGCUAAAUCUUUCUACGAGAUUGUAGUAGGAAAUGGGAGCUGUACAUCGUUCUGGUUUGACAAUUGGUCAGAGAAGGGAGUUCUUUUUGAUUUAUUGGGAGCAAGAGGAGCUAUAGAUAUGGGUGUAGGGAAGAAUGCCACAGUGGAGGAGGUAUUAUUAAGUGGACGUAGGAGAAGGAAGCAUCGUUUGGAAAUUCUGAAUGAUAUUGAACAGGAGAUUAAUAAUCUAAAGAUUAAGCUUCCCCAAGGAGAAAAAGAUGUUAAGCUUUGGAAAAGAGACUCUGGGUAUAAAAAAGAUUUCUCUACCAUGGAAACUUGGAAUAUGCUGAGAGUUAAGCAUCCUCCUUGUACUUGGUCUGCUGGUGUUUGGUUCUCACAAACCACUCCAAAAUAUGCUUUCAUGACAUGGUUAUCAGUUCGGGAUAGAAUGUCAACCAUGGAUAGAGUAGUGAAAUGGAGUCGGGGAAGUGAUGAUGUUUGUGUCCUCUGCAAAACAAGUUCUGAAUCGAGAAAUCACCUGUUCUUUGCUUGUGAUCGGUCUGCUAAAGUUUGGGAAUUCAUUGCUAAAGGGAUAUUGGGGAACUCCUACACUACUGAUUGGUCUGAGCUAAUGCUAAUAAUAUCUGAUAAAAACAGGGAGAAGAAGUUUUUGUUUUGUAUCAGAUAUGCUUUCCAAGCAGUUUUAUAUGCAUUAUGGAGGGAGAGGAAUAAGUUGAAACAUGGGGAGAAGAUGAUACCAUUAGAAAUUCUUAAAAGGGAGAUUGAGAAGGGAAUUAGAAACAGAAUCAGCCUGGUGCGUAAAAGGGAGUAA